AUGAAUUCGAAUAAUGCAAGGGAUUCAAAACCCAAGAAGAGAAUACGUGUGGCUUGUGAUAAUUGCCGUCGAAAAAAGAUUAAAUGUAAUGGCCAAUAUCCGUGUGGAAAUUGUCAGCAGUCAAAUGCAUUAGGAUGCAUAUAUAAAGAUAGAAGAGAGAAAAGGCCAAAACCUUCGAAUACCCCCAAGCGUAUAUCUAACGUGAAAACAAUAGAAAUUCUUGAUAAAAGGCUAUUCAAGCUUGAAAAUGCUAUACUAAACCUUACGAAUAAGCUAGACCCGAGCGGUAAGAUCCAUUACGAGGAAAACAAUAGUACAUUGGCGAAGAAGGAUAGGUGGCGAAAUAAUGAUGAAGAAACAGAUGAUGGGGAUCUUUCGUCUACUGAUUAUAGCGACGAAGAGUAUGAGUUGGAACAAGAGAAAGAAGCAGGUUAUGAAAAAGCAACAUACGACAAAGAGCAGAAUCAGGAACACGGGUCUCAUGAUGAUGAGGACAAAGGUGAGAAAUGGAGUUAUAACCCCCAACGUUUAGAAAACUUCUUUGGUGCCCAUUCA